AUGUCCACGAGUCACCAACUUGCGACUCAGUGGGUCAAUCCAUCAGACGUGUCGACAAUUCUCUUUGUUCUCGGUGGGGACGUCGUGCAAAAGGCCUUCUCGCAAGCAACUGGAACGUUAUACGUUCCCGUUUGCUUCUCCUUCGGGUGUGUCGCCUACGCGUUUGUUGCACUCGUUGGCAUCAUUGGCGAUGGAAGACUUCUUGCACCACCCGAUUAUCCUUGUAAAGUGCUCAAUCUCAAAUCUGGAUAUCUUCGAGAGAACAAAAACUUUGUUCUAGGGCGUUUGCUUCGAGAUCUCGAAGCAAUAGAAACUCGCGAAGAGAAUCUGCCUUCUGAAGGUGGCAGCGACGAGGGUGGCAACUAUGGCUUGAAGAUCACGGUCUUUGAAGCCACGUGGAACAAGAACGACCGGACUGAGUUCUCCUGGAGCUGGGUUCAUGCUGUCGGAGUUGUCAUUACCAUAAUUCAGCUUGUGCUGGCAUUCAUACCUUUUAUUGUACACCGCACAUGGAGUGUCCUUCUUAUCACAGGGGCUGGCACUCUGCUGGUGCAGUGGAUAGGUCUGCUUCCCCAGUGGAGAGCGGAGAAGCUGCCAAACAGACAAAGAUCAGAACAAGUGUACGCAAUGACAUCGGGAAACGGCUCUCGAGAAGUAAUGGUCAUUUUUGGUUGCGGCAACUGUCUUGAUAUAGAGUCCCUCGCAGCAUCGCAGUCGCCCCGUAAUGGAAGACCAUGGGAAAAGUUUCUCUGGCUAUCCAGACCACAAGAGGGUAGGGACCGCGAUUUCCCAAUAGCCCGUCGAAACACAAUGCUUCGGAAGGCAAAGCGAUCAGAUGUCUGGAUGUUUCGCGGGUAUCCAAUCGGUUUUAUUAUCACGGAGGUAUCAUGUGUCUGUCUCUCAGUGCUCUGGCUUCUUCUACUCGUCAAUGUUUCUGCUCGAAGCGAAUUCCCUGAAUCCUGGUGCCUUCUCGGCGUAGGAGCGCUAGGAAUGUUUCAAAACGCCUGGCUUGCAGCGAGGGAGUUGACUCCCGAAAUGAGAAACCUUCCAUUGAACCGCGUGGAUCAAGUCAAAAGCCGGAAGGUCAUGGAUUGUAUAAUGGACUUUCAUGCCACGUAUAAGCUCGGACUACCUCUCAAAGACGAAUUCUUUCCUGGAAAGCUCAAAGAGGAUGAAGAGGCGUGGUGGGGAGGUGAUAGAAGACAAUAUAAUGAAAGGCGUAUGGAGGACUUGACCAGGGGGGAGCCACGCCAGAUGGCGCAUAAUUUUGACCAAAAACUUGGUUUUCUCGGAGAGACAUUCUCGGGGGCUGAUGCAACCCUUAUUCCUAUACCUGAAGUCUCGGAGAAGCAGAAGACUGCCCGUACGCAUCAGACUGCACCUGGCGGAGGGGAAACCGCAGCUGAAAGCUCCGAGUUUAUGGCACCUAGACCCUUACCGAGAGCACCUACUUUAGAGAUGAGGAGUGGCAGUAAGGCGCCACCUGUUUGGUUAGCUUGA